UUACGAACCACUGUACGCCUUUCACCGAUUUGGCAAUUCUUUCCAUUUCCGGCAACCCCUUCAUCUUCUUCCUCUCUUUAAUCCAUCCCACCGCCCUGCCUUCUUCAUUAAACCCAUCUCGAGAUCCAGAUUGCGAGAAGAGCAUGGCGAGGGGGAAGAUCCAGAUCAAGAGGAUCGAGAACUCGACCAACCGGCAGGUCACCUACUCGAAGCGCCGGAAUGGGUUGUUCAAGAAGGCCAACGAACUCACCGUUCUUUGCGACGCCAGGGUCUCCAUUAUCAUGGUCUCCAGCACCGGCAAGAUCCAUGAGUACAUCAGCCCCACCGCUACAACGAAGCAGCUGUUCGAUCAGUACCAGAAGACCUUGAACACCGAUCUUUGGAGCUCUCACUACGAGAGAAUGCAAGAGAACUUGAAGAAGCUGAAGGAAGUGAACAGGAAUCUGCGAAGGCAGAUCAGGCAGAGAAUGGGGGAGAGUUUGAAUGAUCUGAACUUCAACGAAAUGCAUGGCCUCGAGGAAGACAUUGAGAGUUCCUUGAAGGUCAUUCGUGAGCGAAAGUACAAGGUGAUUGGUAACCAGAUUGAAACUUACAAGAAAAAGAUGAGAAAUGUGGAGGAAAUAAACAGAAAUCUAAUGCAUGAAUUUGGUGCAAGAGAGGAUGAUCCACAUUAUGGACUAAUCGAUAAUGGGGUCGAUUACGAACAUGCUCUUGGAUUCUUGAAUGGUGGCCCUCGCAUGCUCGCCUUGCGCCUCCAGCCUCACCACCACACCCUUCAUUCGGGGAUAGGAUCUCAUCUCACGAUGGGAUCCCAUCUCACGACAGAUUCUCAUCUUACAACGCAUGCAUUACUUGAGUAGUUGUUAGAUAGGUCAUCAUUUAACUAGUUGGAGACUUAAACAUGACUUUGUGAUAAGUAAUCAAACUGGUACUACUUUUCUCAAGCAAAAUGUGUCUCGUUCAUGCUUAUAUGUCAAGUUAUCUUUAUGAAUUUAUUACUUAUCGUC